AUGCCGAUGCUAGGAGGAAUCCCCGGCCACCCCAAGAGCAAGGUGCUCUUGACCGGCGGCACCGGCUUCAUUGCCUCCCACAUCCUCGAUCACCUCCUCGAAUGCGGCUUCGACGUCAUAGUGACCGCCCGCUCCCAAGCCAAAGGCGAGCGUGUCCUCGCCUCCAUCGCCAAUGCCUCCAACGUGGUCAACAGCGUCGGCUGCAAGGUGACCUACGCCGUGGUAGAAAACAUUGCUGAAGACGGAGCUUUCGAUGAGGUCAUCAAAACAAACCUCCCUCUCCACUACUGCAUCCACACCGCAUCCCCUUGCCAAUUCUCCUUCUCGGACCCAGUAAACGACUGUCUCCUCCCAGCCAUCAACGGCACCGUCUCGCUCUUGUCUUCUCUCCAGGAGUACGCCUCCUCCUCCCUCCUCCGCGCCGUCUUGACCUCCAGCAGCGCCGCCAUACUCAACCCGCCCAACCACCGCCCCGUGUACGAUGAAUCCUCCUGGCCCGACGAUCAGACCCUAAACUGGGACCUGGCCGCGGACCCCAACGCGCCCGGCGACACGACAUACAGAGCAAGCAAGAAGUUCGCCGAGCAAGCGGCGUGGGAGUUUGUGGAAGAGAACGAGCUCAGUUGGGACUUGGCGACGAUUAACAACACGUAUACCUUUGGCCCGCUGCCGAGGAGUCUGGACGUCAAGAAUGCCGGGGAAUUUAAGGUUAAUACGUCGAACGAGAGGAUUGCUGAUUGCUUGACGGGUAAGUGGUCCCAGGCAAUU